AUGGCAACCUGGGGUGAGGAAACCACAUCUAUAGAUUCUCACAGCAACAGCGCCAGCGGCAUGAGCUGGAAUGAUCGGAAUGACGUCGAGUACUGGCUUCCAGAUAAUCUUGAUUCUCAAGUCCCUGUUUUUGAAUACCCAGGAAGUAAUGUAUAUCUCAGGCCAUCUCUUCCAUCUAUCAUUCAACCAGUUCCCGAUGCUGGGGCCAUGGGAAUGCCCCCGCAGGAAGCUCCAAAUUUGCCAUUCUCACCAACCGUGGGGUCCAUGCACUCAGAUACCCAGGAGAGUGAUGCAGUAUGGCCAUCCACCAUCAGCGAAGCGAAUAUGAUCCCUUGGAUUGAUGUCUACUUUGAUCGGCUACAUCCGACCUUACCUGUCCUCAACCGAUCAUCUCUGUAUACAUCAAUGAUCACACAGGAACAUCGCAAGAAUUCUCAAUUUGGGGCCAUGCUCUUGUCUUUAUGUGCAUUCUCGCUCACACAGCCAAUCGAAAUCAAUGAGCGGCAGACAACCUCAUCUCGAGCUCUGCAGGCACGAGCUAUGAUGAACGCAGCGACCAAAAUGCGAAGCUGUUCAGAUUUUGGCGAGAACCCAACCCUUGAAGCUGUCCUGACAAGCUUUUUCCUCUUUGGCUGUUUGUUUGGAAGUAACCAGCACAACGCAGCGUGGCUCCGGAUACGGGAGGCACUAGAUCUUGCAGCCACGCUGGGAUUGAAUGAUCCCGAGUCAUAUCAGGAUCUGUCUGGGGAAGAGAAAGGCCAACGACUACGAACGUAUCUCGUCCUCUCUAUUACGGAAAGAGCCUAUGCUUUGCAACGGCGCCACCCAAUCACUUUCUGGGGGAAGCCAGGAUUUACCAUGCGAUCAGUGCAUGACUUUAUCCAAAGCGCCACGCAUAGCGUCGUGUCUGGCAUUAUGGUCCACAAUGAGAAAGACGCCGAGGGGAUGAUGGGUCUCGCACGAAUGAUGGAAUUAUUCGAUGCCAUUGACGAAGAUGUCAUUGAUUGCUGGAACCGCCGAUGUGAUAGCAGCAGUGGGUACUGCCAACGGCUCACCGAAGUCAAGGCACUCUCCAUCCACCAAAACCUCAAUCGAGUCAACCAAGCCGAACGAUAUCGCGGCUAUGACUGGUUCGAGCGAGCCAAGGGAGGCCGUGGCGAAACCAGCAAUGUCACAUUUGCCAUGGGCCUACGAGAGACCCAAGCAGCGGACGUGUUUAUUACCCAGAAAUGGCUCCAGAACCGUGUCUGGCUCCUCUCCUCAACCCACGGGCUUCUGAGUGCCCAUUCGGAACAUCCCGAGCUCACCUUCGGAUAUGCCGUAUCCGUUGCUGAAACUACUCUUCAGCUGUGUCAGUCAUUACGAUUGAGCUCCAUGGAAGCCCAUGGCAUCGGUCUGACCGAAAAACUGUACGAUAUCGCAAUCUGCGCAACGAACAUCUUAUGCAAUACAAGCCCGUCUUACGGGGUUGGCCCGAACAUGCCCGUCAAUUUCACCGAAAGAAUACCAGCAACCACGACUUCUAUGCCCCAGAGUCUUGUAGAAGACUUUUUGUUACUCAUGACCAGCUUCCGCGGUGGAAACCACCCCUAUCUGGAGAAGUAUAGAGCUCAUCUACGCUCGCUACAGAUUAUGGAACCCAAAGCGCCGGAGUGGCCACAACGAUGA